AUGUCUUCGCUAAAGAAGAGAGCCGUGGCAGUCAGCUUCAUCUUCAAGUUCCCAGACGGAAAUGUCUCCCGCAGACCCCAGGUUGCGCUGUUCCGUAGAAGCGGGGAGGUAAAUACAUAUCCCCACAAACUCGCCCCCAUCUCAGGCAGCGUCGACCCCCAAGACUGUUCCCCCCUCGCCACAGCCUGGCGCGAACUCGCCGAAGAAACCACUCUCACAGCAUCCUCUCUGCGUCUCUUCCGCCAGGGCAAGCCCUAUUCCUUCACAGAUUUGGACGUCGGCCGCGAAUGGACAAUCAACCCGUUUGCUUUCAUCCUGAAGUCUGCUCGGCAAGGCGGUGCAGGCGAAGAGGGCAUCAAAAUCGACUGGGAGCACGAGGCAUUCCAAUGGUUCGACCCUGAUGAAAUCUCCGACGAUGAAGCCUUUCAAGGCGUACCGCGACUGAAAGAAAGUCUACGACGAGUCUGGUUCGAGAUUGAUCUGGGCAAAGACGCAGCCGACGUCCUAGCAGCUGGGCUUAAAGCGCUGCAGGACGACCAUGUAAGUGGUGCACGAGAAUUAGCAGCAAAAGCCCUCGACAUCUAUCUCGACGUGAUUCCCCGUCUAGAAACAAACGACCAAACGUCAUGGUGGAAGAAUGUCAGAUUCGCAGCAUGGCAUCUCUGGAAGAACGGCCGAGAGAGCAUGGGCGCCCCUAUCCUCAGCGUCGUCCUGUCCAGCCUCGACAUCAUCGAGAAGCAUCUGCCAACCAACAGCAGCAGCAGUCUCUCAAACAGAAUAGUCGAACAAAUCUGCGCUGCACUCAAGGACUUUGCAAAAGCAAGACAGCAAUCGGGAACCAAAAUCAUCACCACCUUCGCCUCCUUCUUAGACCACUUCCCCAGCGACAAGCCUCUCAAAAUCAUCACCCUCUCAUCCAGCUCAACAAUCACUUCCUCCCUCACCCACGUCCUCUCAUCAGAUUCCUCUACUCGUCCCCUCGACAUCCACGUCCUCGAAUCCCGCCCCCUCUUCGAAGGCGUCAAAGUCGCCCAACGCCUCUCCUCCACUAUCCAACUCCACCCCAGCAUCAACGCCAGCAUCACCCUCCACACCGACGCCAGCGCCGCACUCGCCUCCCAAAACGCGCACAUCCUCCUCCUCGGCGCAGACCUCAUCGACAAAUCCGGCAACGUGAGCAACAAGACCGGCUCUCUGCCCGCCGUCCUCGCAGCGAGGCAUGUUUCUCCCGGUGUGAAAAUCGUCGUCGUUGCAGAAAAGGAGAAGAUUUUGCCGUUUGAUCCGCCUGGGCAUGAUGAGGACAAUGAUGCGGGGGAGCUUGUUCGUAGCUGGGGAGAUGUUGUUGGGUCGGCGUCAGAGGGAUCUGAUGGGGAGCUGAGGGGCGUGACUGUGAAGAACGUGUACUUUGAGUGGGUGCCUGCGACGAUGGUAGAUGUGUAUCUCACGGAGGAUGGCAUUGAGGGCACGCAAGAUGUGGAAAGGUGGGCAGGAGAGGUGCGGCAGAAAGCAGAUCGCUUCUUUGAUGAUCUUUGA